UGUCGUUUCAUUAAUAUUAAACCCUCAAGAGGAAUAGUUGUAGUCGACCUUUUCCUUUAUGUUAGUAUGCAAAGACUGAUGCUAGUGAUUUGAGUUCUGUUUUAGCAAUAAACUCUGCCAUUUCUAGCUGAAUCGCAUGCUUUUACUGUGUUAAACAUUACCUCUGACCGCCAUUUAAUAUUUAUGAAUGUUUUAAAUCAAAAGAUUAUCCUUGCAUGCUAAACAAUUUACUGGUACGUCUAGUCCCGGCAGUGUCUGUUUUUUGCCGCAAAGGCUCCAUCUGAACCGAUUACUUGCAGAGCCAAGCAGUUUCUUGAAGCCUUAAUCUCUUCCUUAGUGCUAGAAGCUAUAGAUAGAGAGCGAGUCAUUCCAUGAUCAAAUCCUAAAUCUGCAAUCAAAUCUUAAAGCUCUGAUUUGAGUUACUAGCUUCAAAUUUGCUUGUGUAUCAUAUACAAUAAAAUUAUUCGUGGCUUUUAUAAUCCUCGACAAUCAACUAUGCUUCAAGUGGCUCAUUCUAUUAAACCAACUAACAGAGUGCAUGCAAUGUAAUUAAAAAUAUACUCAUUAAACUUUUUAAAAACCUGCUUACAUUUUUUCCCUUUCCACAAUUAAGUGAUACGUCUGUACUAAUGAAUAUUAAGUGGAUAAUCAUAUUAAAUCAAAGCCAGAUUUAAAAUUGAUGUUUAAAACAGCCACUGAUUUUUUCAAUUGGCAAAUUAGGAGUGGCUGUGUUUCAAAGGUUGGAGACAGUCUAUACUCCCAUCAAACCUUGUAAAUGAAUUUAUAGUAUAUGGUUUGGUGUUAUAUCGUAUAAUGUUUGGUGUUAUAUCAUGAUACAAAACCUAUAUUAACAAUUAACGUGGUUUUGUUUCUAAGAAAACUAUUGUUGGCCCUUGCUUUGAAUUACUAUCACAGUUUUACCUUAAUUGUUGGUAUUUUCGAACCGUCCUUUUUGCGCAUGCUCUGACUAAUGUCGGUCAAUCACAGCUGUUGAUUUUCAAAGUCAACAGGAUUUCUUUGAGUUUCCUUGGCUUAGUUUGAGCUUCUCUGACUUUCCCAGACAUUCAUGCUUUAGUGUCUCAGCACCCCUAGUAAUUUUGACCGCAACGGUCAUAAAAUUACUCCAGAACUUUGCCAAAGCAGCAUAAGAAACACUUUAAGAUUCUUCAAUCCUAUAACACCCAAAAGUCUCGAAUUACUAUAUCUUUCUCAAAUACGAUGCAAAUCGAUUUUAGUUCAACCAAGCUAGAGCUCCUGGAUCCCUUUUUAGCCUGCAACCCUGGGAAUAAUACAGCUAGUUAUUUUGGAGGCAAGAUCGUCAGUCUUUGAACGAUUGAAAACACAAUGUAGGCCUAUUUGGAUAAACUCUGUGUAUCCUUAGCCGAAAAGUAGCUUCUAACUUCAAGUAGAACAGACUGAUUUCUGCAAAGAUUGCAAAUUUGAGAUACAGGUGGCUUCAUGAAGUUUACAAAAGGUACUGAGGUGACGUGGUUUACAAUUUUUAUGGUUGGAAACUUCUUUUGGAUUUUUCUUUUGGAUUUUUCGUUUUCUUUCAACACUCCUAGAUAUUUGAGGCUCGUCUUGAAAGUCUUAUAUAUAUGAAGUAUCUUUAGAGCUCAACAAAGCAAAUAUGUUUUAUAUUACUUGAAGCUUGUGAUAUUACACAAGGAUGUGGUUUCAAUAUUUUUGUUAUAGGUUGUACAAUUCAGGCCCAUUACCAUCUAUAGCCUCUCUCUGCGGUCCCUAGAUUAAGGCAAACUUGCAGCAGCUCGACCCUUUGCAUUUUGUUGCAUUGCUUAAGGACUAGUACCGAGGAGCGCUAGCAGCAGCAAUACAUACCAAAGAGCAAUACAAAAUCUUUGCUUUUAUAAACAAUGAGUCCAAUUUACCAUUUACGGGCCCCAUCUAGCAGAAAACGCCCGUUUAAGAUAAACCACAGAAAACUCCCGAUAGCUCGAAUCCCCUAGAACCCUACCAACAACCAAUAACCUAAAUCGAUAUAUAACUUUAUGUAAAUAUGCAAAUUGUGAUUAGUCCAAUAACCUAAAACUUAUAUGUAAAUAUAACUUUGACUUUCUGUGAUUAGUUCGUUCAAAGGUAUAUGUUUUGGAUGUGAGGAUGCGAGUCUUUUUUGAUGUGACAGGUGUCUGACUAGGUGAAUCCCAAAUACUUGAUAUCAGGGAUAAUGUUGCUAUAAGCUGAGAAAUUAAUAAACAGUUUGAAUUCUGUCGAAUUUCGAAGUACAACAUUUUUGGCUCGUUGCAGAAUUAAAAGGCAGCAAAGACUGAAUGACAUAUCUUCAGAAAUAAACAUUUUUAUCAAAUACCCAUACAAAAGGUUGAUCUCUUUAAGGUGAUGAGAUGCACUCUUGUUUGAUCAGGUUUCAUCAAAAUGUUAAAAACUUAAAUCAACCAUGAAGUUGAAUUUCAAAAAGGAUUAUCCAAUGCAAAUUAAUGUAAAACCUCAUAUACGAUCAAGUCUUAUACGAAAAAGCAUAGAAGAUUUGUGAACCUCACUCUUUAUAAUCUCCUUAGGUUCUGUCAUUUGCUAUGAAUAUUUUGCAAGUAAAUUCCUUCUUCAAUAAGUCUAAAUAAAUCUAAAUAAAUGAAUUCUUCAAUAAGCUUGUAAAAUAACUUUGUGUAGCACAGAAAUGAUGGAGGUACCCCCGAGACCUGAAUCGGUAAAUCGGGGUACUAAUCUUACAAAGGAUAUAAUGGAUUGUGCAUGAAUAUUAUAAUACUAAUAUUAUGUUUCGCGAGCUGGGUAUCGUCCUUGAACCUAUCCAAUAUUUUUUUACUUUGAUAAGUUAAUUUUUUUCUGUUAUUAAACGUUGUGAUGAGAGAAUAGCAAUAUAUGAUUUGAACAUUGUUUUUUCGUAAAGUACAAGAAAUGUUUUUUGUUAGAAACAAACGAACAAUUUUCCAAAAGGUUGACAAAUUAUUGCAUUGAAAAGUACGAAAUAAUAAGAUUUUAGCAUUAUAAUAGUUAUUCUUCAAGCUGUUUUUGAAUGAAGAAUGGUUUGAUUAUCCCAAACGGCUUAGAACAACAAUUAAACUCUGCAAAUAAAGAUACUUUUUGUGAUAUUGUCAGUAAAUACGAUACACUCUUACAGUUUGAACACUUCAUAUAGUCUUAUAUUGCUUUACUUUCAACAAAGCAAUUCCUCCCCCGUCAUUUCCAAAAUAGGAUUAAGUGCACAAAUCUUACACGGAAACAUCAUAACUUUGAGACCUGUUUGAAAGUUUUGCGACUUGUGUAUGAUGUUCUGCAUUGGCUUCUACUGUGCACCCCCGUAUUGGCAGUAGAUGAUUUCCUCACGUUAUAGCAAUAUCACUGAGAUUAACGAAGCAGCCCCCGUUCGCUUUCAAAUGAUUUUCUAAUUACAGGUGAAAGUACUUGAUUUAAAGACGCUUGAGGUGGUUGCUGUUCUUGUCAUAAAAAUGCCAACAGAGUGCUUGUACUGGCGAAAGCAUUCGACAUAAAUUGAUUCAUGUUCAGCCGUACGCCAUUUUUUCUUCUCGUCUACUCGUAGUUCAGCUCCCACGAUGUCGGGUUGUAAACAUUUAUGAAAAAGAGUUCUUCAAAGUACUGAAGCUUUUGAAGAAAGUAUGAGAUUCUCAUGAGAAACAGCUGAUGGAGUUCAUGAUACAAGUUUCUAAUGAAUACAAUUGAUUUUUUGUUAAAUCGCAUUUGCAGGUUAUCUGAGCGUCGCUGCCAUAACCAUACGCUUUUUAAUAAGCAGAACUGGCAGGCAGGUUACGUAGCUUGAAGUGAACAAAUGGUCGUUUCUACGCUAUUCUAGCCACGUGGUCGCAACGAUAGUCGGCCAGCAGUUGUUUUCAACUUAUCUGUUUGUUUUGCAAUCAACUUUUACAGAGUUCAGAAGAAUUGAUUCGGGGUCAUGUUUUUAAGCAAUGACUUGCUCGAAAUUGAGAAGCAACAUGUUUGCUUUUUCUUAACUUGAUGUAUUGUUUUCGCAAUAAAUCACCUUUACGAAAAAUAUCUGAAAAUAUGACGGAGAAUUAACACGCCAUGUUCAAGUAAAUUUCAUAUGGUACUGCUAAAAGGGGUGGCUGUUUUCGCGCAAUGUUAUCUUGUUUAAUGAAGUGAUUUUUGCUGUGCUGGAUUAUAUGAUAUCGUUCAUCAAAUUGGCUGAAGGAACAAGUAGCUGUACAUGGGAAGUGUGAUUUUAGAUGGUGGCAUUGGUUGAAAGAGGCUGUCGUACUGGUUGCUUGAUUUUCAACCGUUGAAGAUAUGCUUUCCUAUGGUGGUGCGAAAACCCGAAGAAAGGGUAUAACUUCUCAAGGAAUUCAACAUCAUCUUGUCAUGGGAACAGUAAACGUCGCGAUGAAUGGUCCGAGAAAGUCGGCCUGGAAAAGGCUCGCUCGUCGUUCUUCGGUUUUCAUUCCCGUUGGAGAGUCAUCGUCGUUUAUCCCGCAGUACAAAUUAGAGAACGCAAAACUACCAAAAUUCAUGAUUCUCCAUUUCGGAAGACCGCGUUUGAUUUGGGACUGGAUAAUUCUGGUACUGGUGUGCUAUAUUGCCAUUAUGGUGCCAUUCAACGUAGCCUUUAAGGCUCACGACCACCGAAAAGAGCUUAUAAUUGCUGACUGUAUUGUUGAAAUUUUCUUCAUCGUCGACAUUUUUAUCAACUUUCGCACCACUUAUAUUGAUAAAAAGUCAGGUCGAAUUAUAACACAGAAGAAGAUGAUUGCACUGCAUUAUCUCAAAAGAUGGUUUAUCGUCGACUUUUUGGCUGCUCUUCCCUUUGAGGCACUGUAUUUCAUUGAUCAUUCUUGGGGCUUUCUUGUAUCCCUGUUAAAAACCGGUCGUCUGUUGCGGUUAUUUCGCAUUGCACGCAGAAUCAGCCGUUACAUUGAAUACACUGCAGCGCUGCUUGGUCUCUUGAUGUUCUCUUUUGCAAUGCUUGGUCACUGGUUUGCCUGUGUCUGGUACGUCAUUGGCUAUGAAGAGUUUAAGAAGAAUGAGGUAAACGGAUGGUUAUAUGGCCUAGGUGAGCAGAUGGGAAAACCAUAUGUGAACAGCAGCCUUGCAAGUGGUCCUUCAAAGGGAGAAGCCUACAUAAGCUCGCUAUAUUUCAUUCUUACAAGUCUAACAACUGUUGGGUUUGGAAACAUUGCUCCAAACACAGCUGCAGAGAAAAUAUUUUCAGUUGUUGUGCUUCUGUUAGGAGCUCUUAUGCAGUCAGCUAUCUUUGGUAACAUGACAGCCGUAAUACAAAAAUUAUAUGCUGUGAGGGCGCGUUUCCAUGCCAAAGCUGCAGAGAUCAAGCAGUUUGUGAGACUACAUAGAAUCGAGAACGACCUUAAACGAAGAAUAGAAGACUUCUUCCUCACACAUUGGUCUGUUAGCAAAGGAGUUGAUUCGGAUGAGAUGCUUGAAUCGUUCCCCAGUGAACUACGAGCGGAUAUCUGCCUGCAUAUAUACAAGAAUUUCUUAAGUUUACCAUGUUUUUCGGAUGCAAGCAGAGGCUGCUGGAGACUGCUAUCGCUAAAAGUGAAACGGGCCUACUUUGGACCUGGUGAACUGAUCCUAAAGGAAAGAGAUGCAAUCGACGCUAUCUUCUUUGUUAACAGCGGUACCAUUGAAAUUGUCCAGAAAGAAUGCAUCGUCGCUAUUCUUGGAUCUGGAGACUUGUUUGGUGAUGACGUCUCGCGCAGAGUGCCAAUUCGUCGUUCAAAUGGUGACGUCAGAGCAUUGACUUACUGUGACUUGCUUUACUUGACAAGGGACAAUUUUCUUGGUGUUAUGCAUCUGUAUCCAGACUUUGCUGAGGCUUUUUCACAAAAACUAGAAAUGACUUUCAAUUUAGGAAUGAAAGAGAGAGACCUUUCGACGUGUGGAGCACUGGAUUCAAUUAUCGAAGGAGACGAAGAGGAGGAAGAAGUGAUGUCCGAAUCAGCUGAUGAUGACCUCCAAGAAGAGACUUCGUUGCUACCAGAUGCUUCCUCUCCACCAAGCCCUGGUCUUCCACUUUGGCAGCAACAGCUUAGAAGCCGAGAACGGGGACUUAGCAACCCGAUGCCUGCCUCGCCGUCGCUCGAGGAGCGGUUGAUGAGGAUCACUAGUGACAGCAGCAUUGACGAAUCCACAAAAGAAACAUUAGAAAUAGAACGGGAAUUCUCUUGCCAGUCAAACGACAACGACUGGUCAUUUAGAGACGGCACAGAUGAUAUUGAUGGACAAAAUAGCAGCGAGCUAGGCCAAAGAUUUGUUUUGCCAAAAAGCGAGGUAAGCAUUUCAUCUAAGAGUGAAGAGAAACCUCAUUAUGAGGAGUUUAGCGAAACAUCUUUUUUUGAUGACAAAGAUGAAAAAAAUCCAUCCAAAUAUUUAUGCACAGUAGCAGACAUAGAAUUGACGGAGAGCAACAGAAAUAGUUACGUAGAUUCUUGUGACCAGGCAGCCAAUAUUGAGAAGGAUAUCGAUUCAUUAGCAACCUCACAAACUCUACUGAUUGCGACAGACGAUGAUGAACUUCAGGUCAAUGAAACAUAUAGAGCUGUCGAAAACCACGUACAAAGUAAAAAGGACAGUAGCAUUUACUUGGAAAGAACUGAGCCGAAUAACAUAAUUGUUAACACGUUGCCAAGGCUUUCUUGUCGCAGAGAACGAUCAAAGCAUAGGUAUAGCUUACCAGAGCUUUCUGGUGAGAACUGCAGUAGAAGUGAGGUAUCUUCUUCAGAAAAGACAAUCGAUGUACACAGAAGCUCGUCGAUGUCAAACCCAAGGAGAAAGCAAUGUAGUGUCUUUAGGCGACCGCGUAUUAACAAGGAUUAUACAGAGUAUUUUGAGACAUUACCAGAGGAUAAUGUACCUGACGUUUCGUUUACUGAAAACAUUCUUGACGAUGGAACUAAUACUACAAUAUUAAGUGAUAAACGAAGAAAUUCAUCGGACAUGUCCUGGGAUAUGCUAUGUCCGGCUUUCGAGGAUGAAGAAUUACAAUCUGUUACCCAAAUUGAAAAUGGCGAGUGUCAUGACGAUUCCCCAAGGGUUGAUGUAAAUGAUCUGACAUUGCCCAAAGCAAAUAUUGAAAGACUGAGCUCGGGUAUUUUCUCGAGGGAGUUUUCAGAUUCAGAUUCAGACAGAGAAAGUGAUUUUUCAGGUAAGAGAAAACGGUGUAACAGCAGCAACAACGUUCGAAAAAACAGGCGCGGCGCCCGUGAAGUGCACUGCUACGCGAAUAACGAUUUGAACACAUCGCGCCGCGUCUCCGAGCCGAUAUUCCCAAUUGCCGCGCGAAGAAUGCGAAAGUCAAUGGUUGACGGACAAACAAUCGUCGAACCUUCGUUUGGCUCUGCUUUCAUAUCAGAAAUGCACCAAGAACUGACGAAAGAAGUAAGAUCAACUCGAAAAUCGCUGGAAGGAAUUGAGAAGGCGCUGUCGAUAUCCAGAAGUGGAAAUGGACUUAUUAACGUCGGAUAUCUCGCCAAAGAUCUCGCAGAAUCGAAAUCAGCGGUUAGUGACGUGUCAAACAAAAUUGAUCGUUUAAGUACUGAUGUUAUUGGCCUAAAAAAAGAAUUGAAAUCUCUGACAGCCCUCGUUAGGUUGUUAAUAGAACAGCAAGACUCAAUGCGAUGACAUUUGCAUAUCAUAUUUUGGUACUAACAAGUAUUUUUGGCUAUACCUCAAUUUGUGUUUAGGUUCAACAAGCUCUAUCCAUGUAGGCUAUUUUGUAAACUCUCUUUGAACCAUAACAUUACUCCUUUUCUUGUAUAAAACAAGUUGUAUUCAACGAUUUCCUAAAUAUUUCACAAUGCCUGCGCGUUUGCCGAAUAGUUGUAGCACAGACUAGAGACUGCAACUUCUAUUCUGUGGUAGUGUGUACCCCUGAGAUGUCAGCCUUCUGCCAUGCAGAAAUAUCGUUGUAAUUUUUAUUUGGCUCUUUUCAAUGUCUAAGAAUAACUCAGGGAGUGAAGUAAUACUCUGGUAUACCAAUAAUUUGAUGCGGGACAAACAAGCAAGUAUCUUAUUUGAGUACAGCAACAUCCUUUUAGGAUUUUACUGUUGUAUCACAGUCACGAGACAAAACUUCAUAAGAAUCAUGUCUAUAUGCUUGGGUCAAGAAUCUGAAACCUUUAAAAGAGUAAAGCAUUUGCAUAUCGUAAUAUAAAUAUUCUUUAAAAAUGGAUUUCUUAUUGCAAUCACACAGUUUUUCUUGAUAUUGUUCGUAAACAACCUUUUUGGAGGAGAUUUCGUCUAGCCUACAUAAGCCCUAAAGCAAGCUUCUGGUAUCACUAAAUACUUGUCACUAAGCUUCUUCGCUCUUAAGUUCCCCUGGCGAAAUAGCAAGCCUGCUAUGAACAUUCUUUCUAAAGCUAGUGACUGUCCCUAAACCAGUAGCAGCUAUCACUAGAAGUUUGCAAUAUCUAAUCAAACCAAAUACCUAGCUAAAGAAAAUUCCUUGUCCCAUUUAUCCGAGUGUCAUUUCACAAUGGACUAAUGGUGUCACGAGUUUUCGCAAAAAGAUAAUCCUUGGAUGAGUUAGCAACCUAGUUUACCGGACUAGAGAAUCAUAUGGUGAAGAAAUUAGGCGCGCUCUUCUUGCUUUAAUUAAAGCCCGUGGUCCUGUCCCAAGGAAAAUCUUGGUAUUAAAUAUUUCGAUAAAUAACUACACAAAUUGACGCAAAUUGAUGUCCGGUAGCAUUUUUGCCUAUAUUUGAUAAUUGUAAUCUAUAAUGAAACUUUGCAAUAUUUAAUUUUCACUAGAGUUAUUGUUUAUGGCUAAUGUAUUUUAUUUAACUGUAAAUUGUAUAUACCAAUACGAAAACCUUGAUGUUAGGAAAUUGUUAGAAUUAGCAAAAUCCAAGGCUAUAGUUUUAGCAGAGUCUCGUUUUGGCUUUGCCUUAGUGGUGAAUGGAUUCAAAUUGUUUCAGUUUCAUAAUCAUAAUUUUAAUGGUAUUUAUUUUUGCAUGUCGAACCAGACGUCCUUUAAUUGUAGCGAAAACAUAACAGAGGUGGUCCACACAUUUCAGUUACCCUGGCGAGCAUCCAUUUUGAUUUGACGUAAAUUGAAGCAACUUUGCCAUGGGCAAAAAGCAACAUUUUGUGUUUACUAUGUUUAGCAGUUCUCGCUUAAGGAAUAUCCGAUUGUUUCUCAAGUGGACAUUUAGUCCAAGUAUCUGUUGCAGGGACACCGAUUAUAUCAAAACAAAAAAUAUAUUUUAGGCGACAUGUCAUAUGAAUGCUGGAAAGGGUUUUUAAGUUUUAGAAUGCCAAUGGAAUUUUAAGCUGUUUAACAAUGGAAUUGGAAAUUAGUAUGAUAUUUGAUUGAAAUCUCCUGUCAUGCAUUCCUCUUCGUAGAGAUUAGAGAAGGUGAAAUUUUUUGAGGCUCUCCUAUCUUAAAGUGGAACUUCUCCUUUCGGUCUCUCUGAAAGUUUUAGAGGGGAGGUUUUUGAUUACAAAAAAUGAUACUUUGCUAAUUUACCCUUUGUUCUAACAGGAAUGGCUCAGGCAACCUUUAUUUCCUUCAUUUUUAAAGCGAAAGAAGGUAAACAACACUUUUUACCAGUCCACCUCAGCUCCCUUGGUCGGUUAUCAAUUUAUUUUACCGCCAAGUAAAUACGGCCUAUGUUGUCGUAUUUAUUAGCUUUAUCCAUUAUGUCAUUUAAUGUAUUCUCGUUCAUUCGACGUUUUAUACAAAUAAGAAUUGAUUAAUUUAUUCAUACAUACUAAAUGGCAACAAAUAUUUACUACGGUGC